AUGGCCGGCCCCCAUAUCCGCCAUAUUCGAGACCUUUCACUUGAGUUCGUAUGUGGUGGCAUGAGCAGCUGCGACAACGCCGAAAACAUGUGGGACGAGGUGACACGUGGCUGGGGACUGGCGCUCGAACUUUUGCUUAAGAACAGGGUCAACUUGAAGACCAUUCGGGUGCAACUGAUUUCCUGUUGCCGAGACGAGUCGCGCUCCUGCGAAUAUCUGGACGGAUUACUCGGAUAUCUGCCCGACUUCCUCCUCUCUUAUACCUUCUGCAGGGAGAUUAUUCUCACCAAUGUGCCCAAGGAACUUGCGUACCAUCUCGAAAAGGGGCUCUCUUGGAAAAUACAACCUGAGGUGCAACCUGGUGUCUCUGACGGCUACUUUUACGAUCUCAUAUCCGCCACCUUGGUUAAUCCCACGUUUCCUAAGGAGUAUAACUGGAACCUGUGGGUACAUCGUCGCACCGAUCUCGGGGACAAGACCGACAACUGGCGUUACGACCCGGACGACGACCGCUGGAAGUCAGACGAGAUUUUGGAGACAAUGACAUUGGAACCCGAGCCUGAGCCCGAGGUCAAGAUGGAACCAAAGAUCGGCUUCCUGGACUUCCCCCGGGAGAUUCGUGACAAGAUCUACGACCUGGCAUUCAGCAAGAGGCGUUUCGUAUCGUGGCGCGAGCAUGAGCACGCCGGCGCCGGACUGCUGCGAACCUGCAGGCAGAUCAGGCGCGAGGCGCGCCCGAGGCGGUACCGCACUCUCGAGCUGCGGCCCAGGACGGCCUUGUACAAGCUGAAGUACCACACGCACCUGGACCUCGUGAAGGAGGUCGAGAUCCAGUUCAACUGCUACUGCCCGAACCGGCGGAGACUGGACGACGUCGUGUACCCGCCCUCGCCGUGGUCAUGCUCCGAGAGAUCCGGAUUCUACCCCGGUGAUAUAGAGCUGAUAGAGGGGAGGGAGUGGCAGUCGUGGGGCUGGCCCCGUAUGCUGGAGAUUCUCAAGAAACAUUGCCUGCAGCUGCAGCACCAGAAAAUCGUCUUCGACACAUGCUACCGGUUUGAUCCCGACUACAUCCCGCGCUUCGAGGAAAGCGAAAAGUGGGACCACAACAAUCUCAAGGACCUGCAGCAGCACUGCGUUGCCUUGGCGAGCAGGUUCCUGGAUCUUCUCGAGGAAGGGGGCUUCCCGAACCUCUCCUUGCUGACGCUGGCGGGAGACGUGCCGCCGAGCGCCGCUUACCGGUUGCCAAGAGCGCUCGGCCUGCCCAUUCGCUCCAUGGACCACGAUCUGGCCGACUUCAUCUACGCCUGCCAGGAAGAGGCAGAGGCGGUGCAGCCCGAGCGUCGAGAGAUCGUGGCUGAGGGAUAUGAAGGCGAGCUGGCUGAAUGGGAACAGCAGCAGGUGGCAAGGAAGGACAGAUUCAGGGAGGUGGCGCGCUUUCCGAGAUCUGAGGUAGAGUGGCACAUUGACGCGCCCCCCACCCUAGGCUGGCGGAGCACGUUGCGAGACCCGUGGGAGAUGGAGAGAUGCAAGGAGGACGAGUGGCCCGAGGUCAACUGUUGGGACUGGAUGGUGCGUUCGACGGACGAAGCCGCCUGGAAUUGGUUAUACAUAGUGUUACGCAAUAUCUCCACCAGCGCUUGGAAGUAA